AUGGGACGCCAACCAUACAUAACUCGGCUGGCUCUGGGCCGCUCUCCAUAUGAGCCACCUAGGAAUGCAAGUGCACAAUACCAGGCAUAUCGCAGUCGUAAUCACAAUGCAGAUGGAUAUGUCCAACAGUAUGAUGAACGUGGGCAUCCUAUCUUCCCCGAGUCAAAAGCUCUGGCUCGUGAACUUCGACGAGCCAAAAAUGAUGUUUUGUCAACCAUGGGGGUUGUUGUCAGUGGCGAAGCUGGUCGCUCAAGCAUCUUGAAAGACAAGAAGGCCGUCAAUGCUAUCACGGCCGAAAAUGAUUAUGGCCUCGUCAUAGUGGCCUUCGACCAUGCUAUGCACUUCUUUGGAUCGUGGUGGGUAAGCUCAUUGAGCAGGCGCGUUCAGACCUUCAGAAGCUAUACCAAUAUUCCACUGAUCCGCUUGUUCAAGUCUGAACGUCAAAGAUUCGGAUGGGCAGCCGAAUGUUUCGCAGGUAUACCUCUCUGGGCUGCCAGAAUCAUUUUACCUCUAUGCAGGACACAGUUAUUUGAGCCGCUUUUGAGCUACGUUCAAAACAAGCUCACUCCAUACCUUAACCAGUCCUGUACUCGACUUGUUGAUGGAUGCUUCUCUAUGAUUCGAUCCUCGGCGCGACUUGCUUCAUUCGUAUUCUUCGAGCAGGUCCAUAUGUUCUGCAUUCUGCAGACUCUUCACCUCAUCCCUCAUAAUGUCUUCCCACGGCCCGCAUUUUUAAUCCCGUUUACGAAAUUUUCUUUAGUUCAGAGUCCAUCCCUCCCAUCUGACUUCUCACUUGUUUCUCUCGGAUGCUUUGCCUCGAAAUUAGCGAUGAGUCCCUUCGCCUUUGCUUUCGUUUAUGUUCUUAUUAGGCCUAUUGUUGAAGAUAAGAUAUAUCGAUUGAUCAGAAGGCAUUUGCCUAAGCAAGAUCGCCCUGAUGAAAUUUCCAUUCAGGUUGCUAUGGAGAAUGAUCUUCUAGAAUGGACGUUGCCGACAGCCGGUCGGCGAACGGAGGAGGAGACUCGUCGGAGCAAUAUGAGUCUACUUGAAGAUAUGAGAGAAGAGUUGCGCAGAUUACAAAAAUGGUUAUUUAGCCGUUUCGGCUAUAAUCACGAUGAUUUUUCUGACGAGAAGAUCAGCAUCUGUCUCAGCCACAACGAUAUUGACACCGUUCGUGAGAAUAUCCAAGCGGAGCCUUCUAACCAGAAUAGUUCCCAUCAAAUACCGAAUCAGUUAGGCGAAGCUGCAUUCGCUACUAGACCAGUUUCUCUUGACCGUGAUCAGAGAUUAACAGAAGGGCAAUUGACUCAUUCACCUGGCGAAAUUACUCCGAAUGCCAUUGAAGUACGCCCUGCUGAAAGAGGCGAAAUCGUCCAAGACCAAUCACCAGAGAGCUCUUGGGUUCCAUUUCAGAACUAUGAUCAAGACUCGCGAUCCGACACAUUGUUCUCGCGGCCUCAAACCCCUGAAUCACCACUAACUUCUCCUCGCAUUCGCGCAUCAUUAACUCACCAGAAUUCGUUUACGACGACAAUGGAACUCUCGCUUCAAAGCAGCCGAAUUACGAAUAGACAAGAUGAGCUUGAGCCCGUUGUUGAAAUUGAGCGCGGCGACACUGCACUAGGUAACUGGCCGGUUACUCUUGAUCAGCCUCCGCUUGAAGCCACCGAGUUAGUCCUGGAUCAAAUGAACCCAAACGCGAACGAUGCAGUAUUAGAGCAACUUAACACGGCGGCUGAUGCGGGACCUGCGAGUAUCAUGUCGAAUCCGACAGAAAACGACGGCCUGCUGGAGUUGCUGAAUAGAGAGCUAGCAACAAUGGACAUACCGCCAGUCUUACCGCAUAUGAUCGAGGAACCCAUGCACAGUCCUACUCACCAACCUGAUAUGGAUGCAUUGUCCGAUCCUGGCACUGAAGCAUCAGCCUCACGAGUACCCUCCUAUCUACCUCCGUGGAGGUCCCUAAGUCAAGACCGCUCCGAUUUGAACAAGCAGCGUGUCACCGUCCUCUCGUCAUACCCUGCCGAUGCUUUGGCGCACCAUCUAGCCUCAUUUAUCAGCGGUUUUAUAUUCAUUCCGUUUGAGUCGUUCUUCUACCGAUCCUUGGCUAGAUCCUACUUAUCGUCACGGCUUCCCUCUGUCUAUGGUAGCAACAGUCUCAUCCCAGUUUCCGACAUUCGUCCGCUUAAUGCACUCGCUGGUGGGGGUAGUAGACGAGAUAUGAUUGCAUACAUAUGCAAACUCACCCUGAUACAGGGCAUUCAGGCUGGUGUGAGUGGUGCUAUUCUCGGGGUAUGUUCGGCUACUGCGGUUGGGAUUGGAAAGAGAGUGUUUGAUUGGGGAAAUUUGUAA